GUGCAGCGCGCCGUCUGCAUGAUCUCCAACUCCACGGCCGUUAACAAGGCCUUCUUGCGCCUUGACCACAAGUUUGAUCUGAUGUAUGCGAAGCGCGCGUUUGUGCACUGGUACGUCGGGGAGGGCAUGGAGGAGGGCGAGUUCAGCGAGGCGAGGGAGGACCUGGCUGCGCUAAAAAAGGACGACGAGAAGGUGGGCGCAGACAGCGCUGAGGGCCAGGACGAGGGCGAGGAUUACUGA